AUGGGGAAGGAGCCUGAGAUUGUGCAUGAGGUUGAGAUGUACCAAUUAGAUAUAGUUGGGCUCACCUACAUGUACUGUAUGGGCUCCGGAACUAAUCUCCUUGAGAGGGGCUGGACUUUAUUCCACUCUGGAGUUACCCAUGACAAUACAAUCAGCGUGCUUGCCAAACACGAUACCUUCCGACGGCAGAAACAGGAGACAUACUUCUUGCCUAUCAUUGUGACAGACAACGGAAACCCACCAAUGAGCAGCACCAACACCUUGACUAUUCGAGUCUGUGGAUGCAGCAAAGAUGGAAUAGUCCAAUCCUGCAACGUUGAAGCCUACGUCUUACCCAUUGGUCUUAGUAUGGGGGCUCUUAUCGCCAUCCUGGCUUGCAUAAUACUCUUGCUAGUAAUAGUAGUACUUUUUGUGACCCUGAGGAGACACAAGAACGAACCUCUGAUUAUCAAGGAUGAUGAAGAUGUGAGAGAGAAUAUUAUCCGAUAUGAUGAUGAAGGAGGCGGUGAAGAAGACACCGAAGCUUUUGACAUUGCCACGCUACAGAACCCAGAUGGUAUCAAUGGAUACCUGCCACGCAAGGACAUUAAGCCGGACUUGCAGUUCAUGCCACGGGCAGGCCAGCACUCUGGCCCAAAUGGUGUGGAUGUGGAUGAAUUUAUCAACGUACGACUCCAUGAGGCAGACAAUGAUCCAACGGCACCACCUUACGACUCCAUUCAGAUCUAUGGAUAUGAGGGCCGUGGAUCAAUUGCAGGCUCCCUCAGCUCAUUGGAAACAGCAUCAUCAGACUCAGACCAGAAUUAUGACUAUCUCAGAGAGUGGGGCCCACGCUUCAGAAGACUUGGGGAGCUCUACUCAGUGGGUGAGAGCGAUCGUGAGACCUGACCUUUGUUUUCUUAGAGAAAAAAAUACUUUUUUUUUUUUUUUUUUGG